GAAAAUUCCCGCCAAAUACUAGUCCACGCACGGUUGCCAUUUGAUCGACACCACUAACAGAGGUACGGCCAACUACCAGCAGGUUACAGCAAGUCGUCAUAGGUGCCUUUCAUCAGAAGGCAUUCUCACCGAGAAUUGAAACAUGGCUCGCACCAAGCAAACUGCCCGCAAGUCCACAGGGGGAAAAGCCCCUCGAAAACAGCUGGCUACCAAGGCCGCAAGGAAAAGUGCCCCCGCCACGGGAGGUGUCAAGAAACCCCAUCGUUUCAGACCAGGCACCGUGGCUCUUCGCGAGAUUCGUCGCUACCAGAAAAGCACUGAGCUGUUAAUCCGAAAGCUACCCUUCCAGCGACUGAUCCGCGAGAUCGCUCAGGACUUCAAGACCGAGCUGCGCUUCCAGAGCUCGGCCGUGCUGGCUUUACAGGAGGCGGCUGAGGCAUACCUGGUCGGUUUGUUUGAGGAUACCAACCUGUGCGCUAUCCAUGCCAAACGAGUUACCAUCAUGCCUAAGGAUAUCCAGCUAGCUCGACGAAUCCGUGGGGAGCGUGCCUGAAGACUGACCAGGACAUGUCACUGUUUGGCCCCGUGAGGAAAACGAUCCUUAUAGUGUACACUUGCUUGGAAACCACAGUUUGGAACGAGUUCCAUGUACAGACGCCACUUGACACCCGGUGCACAUACCUUAUGAAUCUGGUGUGAAUCCUUUUUCUAAGUAAACGAUUUGGGUUUUUCCUUCCUAAGUUGAACUUUUCUGGACAUGUUUUUGCUUUCUGAUGGCCAACAGGUCACUGUAGGGAAUAUUUACUGGCGUCUGUGCAUGGAAUUCUUCCCUAUAGGUGAAUAAGCCUGUAGUUUUCCUACUAAAAAUGCCAAGAGUUUCUACAUGACUAUCGAGAAGAAAGGAUCUUGGUAUAUUUGGGCUCCUAGACAGUGUUCUACAUUUUUAUACACGUGUAAAGAUUUAACACUUAUGUAAUAAGUUCAUAUUAUUAAAUACACAUGAUUUCAGGCAAUAAAUGGAUUGUUAUGCAUUCAACCGAUAGUAACAAAUUAAAAAUAAGCAUUCACGUAAUUAAAGUAAUAAAUUAACAGAUAAAAUGUGUAAACGUCAUUGCGUCGUCCUGUGAUUUUAAAGCGGCUGCACAUAUCUUUGUAAAUAUGAUUUGAUUAAAUGUUUGUUCCUGUAAAUAAAGGUUGCAUAAUUAUUGUUCUGCAAAUGUGCUUUUGAUGGGAUUCAAAAAUAGUUUGGGGCAAAAAACAAGCUCAGAAAGCGGACUGUGGGGAUGAGAUUCGUGUGCUCUUCUCCAGGUGAAAUGUGCAGAACACAAGCAAUUUUCACCAGUUAUUUCAAAACACAUGCAGUUAUUUUCCACACCUUGUCCAUUCAAUUAUCCAUUGUGGGGUACUUCAUCUUAAUAUGUGCCUUCCUAGGACUUGAAGCCCCCCCCCGCCCAGACAGGAAUUACAAGUACUCUGUAACAUUCAGAUAAAAAAUGGACACCCAUAUUGCAUGUAAAAGGCUAGCAUAAAGACACAUCCGUUUUUGCCAUUUGAAUCCAAAACCACUAUCUUGCAAACUUUGGAAAUUUAAUGUGGCUAAAUGUGGUAAUUGUCAUCAGUGACCAUGCCAGGACAAUACUUGUAGAUUUUUGAGUACCAACUUAAUAUUUCUGGGAGUUGAAACCAGACACAGAACUACAUGUGGUAUAUUUUAAAUUUGUUUCCUUUUGAAAUCUUUCUGAUUAUAUGAAUGAAAGAAAUUGGAUAAGGGCUUUACUGUACAGAAAAAUUCCUAUCAGAAAGUUUACACUAUAUGAAGGUUUACAUUCAAUGUCACACGACACUUUUGGCAAAUAACCCCUAAACAGGGGUCAAGGGUCAAAGUUCAAUAAAGGGGGCAACAAAAUCUCCACACACA